AUGCUCAAAUUAAACUCUAGAUCUUUAUCUCUAUAGUCUGAAUGGAAUGAAAGAUAGCAUUAAUCAAGUUUUAAAUCUCAUAGAUAUCUACAAUAAUUGAAGUAUAAAUGCGACUCUUCCUUUCAUAUCUCCAGAUUUAGAUAAAAGUCUGCUAGGGCCUCUAUAUUUGGAGAUGAAAACUAUUCCAAAAAAUGGAUGCAAUAAAUCAAAAUAGAUAUUCCUAUGCAUAGAAAUUAGAAAUUAGGAAAGCUAGUAUUUGAUAAAUUAAAAAGAUUAAUACCCACUGUAAAAUAUAAUUCAGCAUUAAAAAGUAUUUAUGCCUCAUUCUAAAGCAGGCUUAAAGGAUCAUACAAAAGUUCUAAAGAUAUUGAUAGGCAUUAGACCAAGAUAAGAUACUAUUAAAAUAUCUGAUAAUAACAAAAGAGGUUCUCUAAAGAAAAUUCCAAACUUUAUUAUUUAAAAAUGUAAAUAACCAUAGAAACCCCUCUUAAAAUUAUUUUCUUUUAAUAAAUCACUAAUUAUUUCUCAACCUCUCUUUAAUAGAGUACAUAGAAAUUUCAGCCAAGAACAUAUAUCAUGUACUAAAUUAUCCUAAAAUGAUUCUCCAGAAAAAUCUAUGCCUUAAACAUAACAAAAGAGAUUAAGUAUCUAAAUUAGAAACAUUUAUGGAGUAAAACCAUUUUCAAAUAUUUGA